AUGAGCCACGAAAAAAAUGAAAUGUUUGAAAGUGAGUGGUCAAAAGAGAGAGAGAGAGAGAAGCAGUUGGCAUCUGGUCUUGACACUGCAGAGAAGGCCUUGAAAGCUGAAAGUGAAAGUCAUGGACUUAUCUCUCGUUUUAACCUCUUGUCCUGCCAUCUUAGAAAGAUCUAUCAGGAGAUACAAUCAGCCUAUAUUUUGAAAAGAGACCUGGAAGAAUUGCAAAAAUCAAAGUCAGAGCUUAUAUGCCUUUAUAAUGAAGUUCACAGUCUCCCAGGGGCAUCAGAAAGCAGAGACCAUUUUUUAAUAGCAUGUGACCUGUUACGAAGAGAGAAUUCUGAAUUAGAAACAAAGGUCUUGAAGCUUUCACAAGAAUUUGCACAAUUAAAUCAUUUUACUCUCAGGGGGAAAACUGCACCUUCUAAUUUAAUUACAAGUGAAAAUAUCUGUAAAGAUCCUGAGUCUAAUGAACCAGUUUUGGAAAUAGAAAUUCAAAGCCCAAAGGAAGAGAGAGAGGAACUCUGUCCCAAAUUAGGAGAAAGAAAGCAGAAGGAAAUUCCAGAGGAGUCAGUAAAGGAGGGCAGUUUUCCAAGAGAGGGGCAGAAGGAGGAGGGCUCACAACAGAAUCGAGAUAUGAAAGAUGAAGAAAAAGAACAGCAGUUGACCAUGAAGCCUGAGGAAGUUGUGAGGCUUAGAGAAGAGCUGAGCCGUAUAAAUCAGAGCCUCCUUCAGUCUCAGAGCUCUGGGGAUAGUUCAGAUGACAGUGGUGCCCAGUAUCCGUCAUCUGGAGAUAAACUAAAAUACAACCAGCAAGGGGAAGUACAACAACUUCACCAGAAUUUGCACCGGCUCCAGAUUCUAUGCAACUCAGCUGAAAAUGAGCUUCGAUAUGAACGAGGGAAGAACUUGGACUUAAAGCAACAUAAUAGCUUACUUCAGGAAGAAAACAUUAAGAUAAAGAUUGAGCUAAAGCAUGCCCAACAGAAGUUAUUAGAGAGUACAAAGAUGUGCUCUUCACUCACGGCAGAGUGUAAGCAGUGUCAGCAGAAAAUCAAGGAACUGGAGUUGGAAGUACUUAAACAGACUCAGAGCAUUAAAUCACAGAACAACCUACAGGAAAAGCUGGCUCAGGAGAAAUCUAAAGUUGCUGAUGCGGAGGAAAAGAUUUUGGACCUGCAGCGGAAAUUAGAACAUGCUCAUAAAGUCUGUCUCACAGACACUUGUAUUUCAGAGAAGCAGCAGCUAGAGGAAAAGAUAAAAGAAGCAACAGAAAAUGAAGCUAAAGUAAAGCAACAAUAUCAAGAAGAACAACAGAAGAGGAAACUCCUAUAUCAGAACAUAGAUGAGUUACACAGGCAAAUGAGAACAUUACAAGAUAAAGAAAAUCUACUGGAAAUGACCUGUUCUCAGCAACAAUCCAGAAUUCAGCAACAAGAGGCCCUACUUAAACAACUGGAAAAUGAGAAAAAAAAAUAUGAUGAGGUAAGAAAGUAA